UUCCGACCAUUUCCACCUCGAACGCUUAUCGAAAAAACGCCCGAUAAUUACGAUUUAUUACAGAUGGACGCUUCUUACAAUUCUGUAAAACAUGCAAACCAAGCCCGGGAGGCGGAUGAGUUGAGGAUUGAAAUGAGGAAGAAGAGCCUCCUCAUGUUAAUCUACCAACAUCUGAUGAGGCACGGUUAUGUGAACGCAGCAGUGGCCUUGGACCAGGAGAUGAACGGAAGUGUGAAGAAGUUUGAAGUUUGCGAAAAUGUGGACUUAGAGAUGAUGUUGAUGGAGUACGAGAGCUAUCACUAUGUGAAGUACCAGAAGUAUCCCAAACUUAUCAAGAAAGUUGUAGAACCAGUUCUCAUUCAAGGUGAUAGCAGGAAUUUAAAAAGUAGUGGGAAAAAAAGGGCCGCUUGUUCCGUUGUGAAGCCUCUCUCCAAAAUCCUGCCUCCAAAUCUUGGCGGAGACGUCAAAGGGAAUGCUGCUGCCCCUGCACAUCCAAAUGGUGAUAGCUUAUGUUGUCCUUCGGAAUUCACAGACUUUGUUCUCAGUGUUUCCCCCAUCACUUCUGUGCAAGCUGGAGGGGCGGCUAUGACCAAGAAGGUCCAAACGGCCUGCAAAGGAGAUGGCGAGCAAGAGGAUCGGCUGCUGAAGCCACUCAGUGGUUUUGCAGGACUGGGUGGUGAGAUGAAAGAAUUUGCCACAGUCAUUAAUAAGGACAUUUAUUUGCACAGCCCCAACGUAAAAUGGGACGACAUCAUCGGCCUGGAGGAUGCAAAGCGAUUAGUCAAAGAGGCCAUCGUCUAUCCCAUUAAGUAUCCCCAGCUUUUUAAAGGACUCCUUGCUCCGUGGAAGGGAUUGUUACUUUACGGACCCCCAGGUACGGGCAAGACCCUGCUGGCUAAGGCGGUGGCUACUGAAUGCAAGACGACCUUUUUCAACAUAUCGGCAUCAAGCUUAGUGAGCAAGUGGAGAGGAGACUCGGAAAAACUGGUCCGGGUUCUGUUUGAGAUGGCCCGCUACCACGCGCCUUCCACUAUCUUUCUGGAUGAGGUGGAGUCGAUGAUGGGUCAGAGAGGAAACAACAUAUUAGGCGAGCAUGAGGGCAGUCGAAGGUUGAAGGCGGAGCUGCUGGUCCAGAUGGACGGACUGGCGAGAUCCGAGGACCUGAUUUUUGUACUGGCCGCCUCCAAUCUGCCUUGGGAACUGGACCAAGGAAUGCUAAGAAGACUAGAAAAGAGGAUUCUGGUUGGUCUUCCUCCUGAAGAGGCCCGCCAAGCCAUGAUCUCUCAUUGGCUGCCUCCUGUCAGCUUCACGGGAGAGCUGCAGUUAAAAACCGAGCUAGACUAUCAACUUCUGGCCAAGGUAAGUCGAUCCACGUUGGCCAUGGUUUUGUCGUUGGCAAAUGAAAUGUUUCUUGGGCAGGAGAUGAAUGGCUACUCGGGCUCUGACAUCAGACUGGUGUGUAAGGAGGCCGUCAUGAGACAAGCCCGCAAAAUCUUUGAAGCUCUGGAGUCGAAUAAGAACGGAGACACGCCCAUGCAAGCCAUGCGGCUGGAAACGGUGACAACGCAGGACUUCCUGGAAGUCCUGGCGCACACCAAACCGUCGGCCAGCGGGUUAAUGGAGAAACACACGGCUUGGGAGAAAGACUUUGAAUCCGUCUGAUGGAGCGUUUUUGCUUUCACUCGUAGUUACUGGACAUGUGUUGAUGUGGUUCUUAGACAUUAUCUGGUCUACUUAGGAUAGUCAUUAAAAAGCAGCUAUGAGA